AUUAAGGUCGGAGCCUGGUUGCCAAAGGAGCCCCCCAACUGCUCACAGGCACCCCAGAAAAUGAUCUUCCCAAUUUAAGAUGACCUUUGGUUAUUAAAUAAUACCUCUCCCUCUCUUCUUCGUUUACUUCUCUUCUUCACCGUUUCAAGAAAUUCGCCGUUCUUUCGUUCGACACACUCCUUUGCCAUAUCAAUCAACUGAGCAAUACACAGCUCGCACGCUCUUUAUCAACGGCCUCCUACGAUCCCUUUUCUAAAUAAAGCACUAUACCCAUCAGCGAACAUUUGAAAGUUGUCAUUUAUUUCCGAAAAUGCGUUACUCAACCACCGCGAUUGUUUUGGCUGCCAUGUCCAUUGGCGAAGCUGUAGCUGGACCUACUCACGUCCACCGACACCGACAUGAGAAGAAGUCGUAAGAACAGCAUAUUAUUAGAUACCGAAGAGCGAUUGCUAAUGAGAGUGACAAUAGCGCCAACGUUGACUGGGAGUCAUUGGACUGGGCCGAAAUGGGCGUCAAUUGGUCUUCCGCUUAUGAAGCAGGCCUGGCCGUCAAGACUUCUGGUAGUGCUGCCGCCUCCGCCAGCUCUAAGUCUAUUCUCAACGCUGUGGCCGAUCUCGAAGGAAACAAAGUCGCCGCACAAACUACUUCCGCACCAGCAGCUGCCAGUACCACCUCCGCCAGCUCCUCUUUCAAGACAAGCGCUUUAUCUAGCAGCAGCUCCUCGUCAAGCAGCAGCUCUUCAUCUAGGACAAGCACCUCCGCUCCUUCCGCGACCACAACUUCGUCUCUCCUCGACGACUUUGAAGCUUCCAUCGAAGAUUUCUUCGAUAGUUUGAUUGGAGCUUCUAACAGUCGCAAAUCUUUCGGUGGAGUUGUAGCCGCUGCUGGAGGAAAGACCGAUUUCUACUACGGAAACUAUGGUACUCCAUAUGGAGCCAACGUGAUCAAGGCCGACCCAUCGGCAAGCUACUCCUACACUGCCAAGUUUGUUAACACACAAAGUUCCAAAAUAACCGUUAACAUUUGGAACAAAGUCGGUGCUGACUUGCAACCGCUCUCCGGAUCUGCGCUUGCACCAAAAAACACCACGCUUACCAUCGUCAUCCCAGCUGGUGGUUCCCAAACCGUCGCCUUCGAUGAGGACUCGCAAGUCGCUUGGGCUCAAGCCUGCAGCAAAACCGCCGCCUCAGGUGCCUAUGACACCACAUGGGGUGAGGCCCAAUUCUUGAAGACCGGUUCUGGAUACGAUAUGUCUGCUAUCAUGAACUCAGCUGGCAACACCUACAACAUGACCAUCACCAGUGAGGAGGCUCCUAAGUGCACUAGUGACCCAACUCAAAACUAUUGGUUGACUGCCACUGAGCCAAUCGGUAACAGUGAUGGCAGCUGUUACAUUUCACAAAGCACUGCCCACUUGACAGUUGUCAUGGCGGGAACUAUGUAAAGUGUAGCAUAACUGGGCGUUGAUCUUCAAGAAAAAAGUUACAACCUCGAUACAUAGAGCAAUUUGAACAAGGCGGAUCCUGUUCAAGGCAAAUUUGGGAACCGCCUUUUUGAGAAGCACAAGUGACUUCGACAAGACUUGACUUGGUGGAGUGACUUGGAGCAGAGUAGUAGUUACUACGAUGGAAAAGAGUAUUAGAUUUAUCUUCAUAUGAUGGAGUAAGGAGGCCGGAUACCAUUGGACAAUACCUUGCAUUUACCAAUCUAUAUAUAAUGUAUGCAUUUUUUGAACUUAUCCGCGAUUCAAUUCAAUUCCACAUUUUUUGUAUCUUGAGUUA